UCAGAUUGUUUCAAAGAACGUCUUCAGAAUUUCUUAGUGAUUAAGUAUUCUUUAUUGUCGGCGCCGGGUGUACGGGGGAUCCUUCCACCAAUCGUACACACCCAGAGGGGCAGAUUAUCUUAUAUUUAUAUAAUGAAACAAUGAAUAUUCCAUUAACGCCUAUACAUAUUCAUUACCUGAACCCGCCUACCCUCGCUUCGUAUGCUAAUUAGCUUAUCAGUCUUUCACGCUUGCGCAGAUUCUUCCAAAAAUUGUGGGCCGGGGUCUUUAGAAUGUAGGCAGUGGUCUAUGGGAGGAAGGCCGUAGGUCUUCCUCAUGGUGUACUUUUCACCUUAGUUCUCAAAAGUGAUGAGUUGGCAGACUUGUAGAAAUCUUUCCCAGGGUUUUUACAAUACUCCUUGUUAAUUUUACUCAAGGCCAUCCUGCUGUCCCGUUAUCUCCUUGGUAGGGCAGCUUGCUUUGCAGAUAAGGAGGACAGCUCCCCUUGCAGAGAUUUGCAACUUUCUUGCCAGAACAGUCUAUAUGAUCUUUCAGACAUUUUAACCCCUUUGUCGCUAUACAAUUACAAGCUUAUUUAUGCAUUAAAAUGAAUAUUGGUUUAUGAAUACAAACUUGACCAUAUUAUUUACAGCUUAUUCACAUCAAGAUGCUUCUGUUAAUGUCUCCUAAAAGAUACGCUGCUUUUCCCCCUCAAAAUAUCGCACCUUUGACUCCCGUUCAGAGCGUGGUGCAUUGCAAAUCAUUUUCUCCUGCGCUGCUGUUCCCUCCCCAGCUAUUCCCCAUCCCUGCCUGACCGCUGCCUUCUACAUGCACCAGUGCAAAUCCUGGGUACUACGUUUCCUCCGACUGCAGAUAACGCCCAGCUGACCACGCCACUUGCAGGCCGGCGCCUUUCCCCUCUGGUUCCUUCCAGCGCCCCCCAGCUCCGGCGCAGCCCCGACCGGAGCGCGGCCUCCCCCGGGCAGCGCCGGCGGGGCGGGCCCGGCCCGUGUCCCCGCUGCGGGCAGCCGGCGGGCGGGGCCGGGCCCCAGGCGGGGCGGGUGCAGGGCCGCGGCGGGCGGCGGGGCCGAGCUGCGGCAUGGCGGUGGCGGCGGAGCGGGCGGCCUACAGGUUCGUGGUGCUCCUCUUCAACUGCCUCCUCACCUUCGGCUCCUACUUCUGCUUUGACAUCCCCAGCGUCCUGCAGGAGCAGUUCCAGGGGAACUUGACCUGCCCUAAUGGAACCCAUCAUAACAACACUGGGCAAAAUAGCACACUGGCCUGUGUUGAAGGCUUGGGAAUGACACCUGCACAAUACAACUUGCUGUACGCAAUCUAUGCUUGGACAAAUGCAGUAGUGGUUAUUCUGGCUGGAUUCCUGAUUGAUAAACUAGGAAACCGGUUUGGUGUCUUUGUUUUCUCUUUCCUGACUGUGCUGGGAUCAUCAAUCUUUGCUCUAGGCUCACAUUUCAAGGGGUCACCAUACCUCCUACCAAUGAUGCUAACAGGAAGACUGCUCUUUGGCUCUGGGAAUGGUUCACUUACUAUUGUGCAGAAUCGUAUCACAGCCUUCUGGUUCAAGGGGAAGGAACUGGCACUGGCAUUUGGACUGACUCUGUCUUUCUCCCGUCUUGGGAGUGUGCUCAACUUCUUCUUCACCCAGCAGUUUGAGGCAAAAUUUGGAAUGCAGUGGACACUCUGGGGAGGUACCCUGCUCUGUGUGCUUGGUUUUGUUUCAGCCCUUACAGUCAGUGUGCUAGAUAAAGUGGGCAUGAAGCAACUGGGCUUGGAUGGGGUUAUCCAGCAAGAAUCCAAAAAAGUGCGGAUUCAGGACAUCCAUCGACUUCCCCUUCGCUACUGGCUCCUGGUCUUCACAAUCAUGUUCUUCUACAAUGGAGUCUUCCCCUUUGUGGCAGAUGCCAGCAAGUUUAUCCAGGAUAAAUAUUCUGGUUACAGUCAGCAGGCUGCCGCUUAUAUCGCUGGGGCAGUGUAUGACAGCUCCCUUGUUCUCUCUGCAGCAGUUGGCAUAUUGAUUGACUAUGUUGGACUGAGAGGUGUCUUUGCUGUUGGCUGUGCUGCAUUGACUCUGCCGGUCUUCGCUCUCCUGGCAUUUACGUUUGUUCCUCCGUUAGUCUCUACCAUCUGGUUGGGGAUUACUUACUCCUUUGCUGCUGCUAGUAUGUGGCCAUCCAUACCUCUUGUGGUCCCCCAAGCAACUCUGGGGACAGCUAUGGGCCUUGCAACUUCUGUGCAGAUGAUUGGAGUUGGCCUUUCAAACCUGAUUGUUGGACACAUUCUAGGAACAAAGUCCAGUGAAUUAAAGAUCCCCCUGUGGCGCUGGCAACAGAUGAUGAUAUUUAUGUUGGCAAACACUAUCGCGUGCAUUGUUGCCUCCGUUAGCCUCAAUGUUGUGGACAAGAAACAGGGUGGGACACUGAACAGAACAAGGAAGGGAGCACCCGUGGGACGGGAGGACCGAGACCCUGCGGAUGCAGCACCGCUUCUCGAUGACGAGACAGGGAACGAAGGCUCUGUCAGCUGAACCUCUGCACAGUGAGAACCAUGCUGGCUGCCAGACGCAGCACUGAGUGCUUCUGUUUGAAAGGGGAUUUCUAGCCUGUGUAUUUUAAACAUCUUUAAAGGGAAUGGUCUACAGAAGGGGAAUGUUUCCACUUUCUUAUGCCUGGCACACCAGUGAAGGAUGUCUGCUGUAUGGUUCUUAGGCAUUCUCCAACACACAGAGACACACGUGGGACACUUUAAGAACUAACCUCGCCGAAGUUUGUUUAUAAGCUGUCAGAUAGUUGCUUUUCAGUCUUGCAUCACAAGAGGCCAUAUAAGGUGUGCCUGCCCCGUCUGCCACUGUUUCUCUGUCACAAGAAUUCUGUACGUCAGCACCUGGUAAUCCACGUACCUUGGCAGGCCUGCUGUUCAAGCUAGCUCUGGAUUAGCAUGCAUCUUUCACAAAUUACAUACGCAUGCAAGCGGCACCAUCAUUAUUCUUUAGGCAGGAGACCGAACUAAUCAAAUCAAUUAUGUUUUGCACACAAGCCUAGCUUAAUUGCUAACUGCCUUACUAGAAAUACUUCUGUAAACUGUGCCUAUUCAUUUGCCUUCAAAAGCGUAAAAGGUCUUGAUCUGAAAUUCUGCCCUUUAAACCAGGGUGCUCUUACUCAUGAAUGCUAGAGGCUUAUUUUACUCAGCCAACCACCCUUUUCACUAUGCAAAAUGCUCACAAACAUUCAGUGUUUACAGAAGCACAAAGGAUGCUUUAAGAAUGAAGUAAAUUUUUAACAUAACCAA